AUGGGCGACUACGACUACCUCAUAAAAUUUCUCGCCCUCGGUGAUUCUGGAGUGGGAAAGACCUCGUUUUUGCAUCGAUACACUGACAACACUUUCACCGGACAAUUCAUAUCCACCGUAGGAAUCGAUUUCAAGGAGAAAAAAGUGGUUUAUAAAAGUGCUCGUGGUGGAUUUGGUGGACGUGGACAACGGGUUUUGUUACAAUUAUGGGAUACAGCUGGUCAGGAAAGAUUUCGCAGCUUGACGACGGCAUUUUUCCGCGAUGCAAUGGGUUUCAUUCUGAUUUUCGACAUCACCAACGAACAAUCGUUCCUGAAUAUCAGGGAUUGGUUGUCACAACUUAAAGUCCACGCAUACUGUGAAGCUCCAGACAUUAUAAUAUGUGGGAAUAAAGCGGAUUUGGAAAAUAGACGUCAAGUUAGUACGGCACGUGCGAAACAGUUGGCCGAUCAAUUGGGUUUACCGUAUUUCGAAACGUCUGCGUGUACGUCGACGAACGUGGAACGUGCGGUUGAUUGUCUACUCGACUUGGUUAUGCAACGAAUACAACAAAGCGUAGAAACGUCUGGACUUCCUCUUUCUGAUUGCCGAGGAGUGAGUCUGGAUGCUGAUUUACCAUCAACUUCUUCAUAUUGUGCGAAUUGUUAA